GAAACGCAGAGCUUCUAUUUGAUCGAUUUUUUGGCGGAUAUACCGUGGUCAGUCUUACUGGUGUUACGUCUAUAGGGUCAACAAUAUACCACAUCUAUGUACAGCGUUGAUGUUCCAUAGUAAACAACUGACGAAGGCGGAACAUAUUGGAGAGGUGAUAAUAAUUUGCAGCUACUUUAUGUAAUCAUGAAGUCAUUGCGGCCAUGUCGAAGGUGUUAACUGAAUACGAAUCAUCCGAACAACGUUGGUAUGUAUAUAUCAAGAUACGUCUGACAGGAGUCACGUGGUUAAAAGUCAAACGACGUAGAAUACCAAUACAUGUAACGUUUCAAGACAGGUCCUUAAAUCUGACCGUGACUGGUGAGCUCGGAGAUUACAAACUCGCGCUCAAUGAUAAGGAACUGAAUAAAGAUAUCAUAGGUGACUGCAACCCGACUAGAAGUGUAUGGAGGAGGCGAUAUUGUCGAUAUAAGGUGAUAGACAACUACAUCAUUCUUAUUUUGCGAAAAAAAGAUGACAUAUCAUGGAAAGACAGAAACGAUGAGUUGAUCCUGGUGGACGAGACGAGCGAACAAAGUAGUCUUGAAAGCGAGAAAAUAUAAUGGCAUAAUGGUUUGUAUGGGUAAUUUCCGAGACGUUAUUUCAUUUACAAAUGCUUGCAGCUACAAAUCAAUGACUUUUAUACAUACCAAUACACAUUGAAGCAUUACAGUCACGCAAAACUUUUUCGAAUUACGUGUAAACAACCACUACAUUUUACACGCGUUGUCGCAUGGG